AAGCCCUCGGCAUUCCAAGGGCCCAAACGCCGUCGCUGCCUCCGCGGACGACCUGAUACGACUGCUAUCGCUUCCUUCCAGCCCACUCCCUCCGUGGGUAACAUCUCGUCCCUCGAAAACCUCUGCCCAAGGCACACCGCAUCACACCAUACCAUGGAAUUCGUGCGCCGCGUCGUCUCGGCGCUCGGCAGCCGAGAAUUCCUCUUCGGCGCCGACGACAACGUCUCCGUCUCGACGAAAGAAGGCACGCUCUGGCGCGUCGAUUCUUCAGGGAAGUGGGUCAAGCGCUGGUUCGAACUCAGAGAAGACGUCUUAGCGUCCUACAAAGCUGAAGAUAGGAGCAAGCUCAAGAACGCGAUCAAGGUGUCGAAAAUUACAAAAGUCGCGAUGACGCCGGGCGACGCCGCGGGCACGUCGUUCACGAUGACGUGCGGGACGACGGACUAUCCGUUUAGAGCGGACGAGCCGGCGGACGCCGAGGCCUGGGUGGCAGUGAUCUCCAAAAGGAUGACCCAAACGAACCCGUAA